CGGAAGAACUUGUAGGGAGCGCUGGCGUGAAAUCGGUGGGAAGUGAAUGAAUGAAGUAGACGUGAAGAAAAGUCUUACGAUUUGCAUUAAACGACUAUAAAACGGAAAAAUGAGCCUGUUGAAUAAACCCAAGUCUGAGAUGACGCCGGAGGAGCUGCAGAAGCGGGAGGAGGAGGAGUUCAACACCGGGCCUCUGUCUGUUCUCACACAGUCGGUGAAAAACAACACACAGGUCCUCAUUAACUGUCGCAACAACAAGAAGCUGCUCGGUCGUGUGAAGGCAUUCGACAGGCACUGCAAUAUGGUCUUGGAGAACGUGAAGGAGAUGUGGACUGAGGUCCCAAAGAGCGGCAAGGGCAAGAAGAAGUCUAAGCCAGUCAACAAGGAUCGCUAUAUCUCCAAGAUGUUUUUAAGAGGAGACUCCGUCAUCGUGGUCCUUCGGAAUCCCCUCAUUGCUGGAAAAUAGAUGGAUGAUCUUGUCAUCCCUCAUUUGAUGGAAAACGGUCUAGUUUAAGGUCCACACCAGAGCACCUCAACUCAAGCCAUGCAAGGCCUAAGUAUCUGCAGGCUUUUGUUCCAGCCAGGCAGUUAUUUAUUCAACCAACUGCUGCCUUUAAUGAACACUUGUCUCUCCUGAAGUAUGAUAGCUUCUGUUUUAGAAAGUUUGAAAACCUGCGAUACUGAGGCCUGCUUAGACCUGGGAUGAGGUGCAGUACUUUUAUUCGUUUACUUAAAUAUUCUGUUUAGACCUGGGGUUUUGUACUAUGGUCCUCUCAACAAGGUAUGUUUGUUGGUUUCAGUUCAAACUGAACUUGUAAUUAAUUAGCCUGUUUUCAUUUAAAAACCUAUUCAGAGCACAUUAAAUUGAAUGCUUGUAAUGGCUGAAAAUAAGAAAAUGUUUUUGGAGUUUCAAAACAAAUUCAAUGGAAAAUGAUUAGGAAAAAAAACAGAUAUUCCUCAAAGCAUUUAAGUGCUUUUAAUGGUCAGUAAUAGUAGUUUAAUAAAAAGCUCAGAACUAAUUAGCAGGUUCACUUGGAAUGAGAAGCAGCAACUUGUUUCUUUAAUGUUUUCAGUAAUGUAUUUUU